CACGCUCUGUCAUGGCUGCGCGAGACAUAAACAUGCCAGUUGGACGGUAAAUCAGAGCAGUAAACUGGUGCGAUGAUUAAAACAGCGGCCAUCACAGAUCGUUUUGACUUGUUUUAACGGGUUUCGCCAAAUGAGUUCAGUUGGUCGGUGUUUUGUGUGUCAAGUGUAGUGUUAGCCGUGUUGAAGUUCACAGGAAGGAUUUCAACAUGCAGACAGAAGCCGUGCUGGAGCAUCACAGCGGCUCACAGAGUUCCAGCAGAAUGGGCUUCAAAUCUUGGCAGUACAGCGAUCUGAUGGAAAAGGUGGAUGGUUAUUUAAUGAAGUACACCAAUCUUGUGACUGGAUGGCAAUAUCGAUAUUUUGUCCUCAAUAAUGAAGCAGGGCUGCUAGAGUACUUUGUGAAUGAGCAGUCCAGAAAUCAGAAGCCCCGUGGCUCGCUGCCGUUAGCCGGUGCAGUGAUUUCACCCAGCGAUGAAGACUCACACACCUUCACUGUCAAUGCCAUCAGCGGAGAGCAAUACAAACUCAGAGCCACGGAUGCAAAGGAGCGACAGCACUGGGUCAGCCGCCUGCAGAUCUGUGCACAGCACCACACAGAGGCAAUGGGCAAGGUUAGAAUUACAACAAACCCACCACUAGAGACUCACAGUCUCUCUAUGGCAUCUCAAGGCAGUGGCAGUUCUCCAGGAUCUCAGCAUAGGAUCAACCAGAACACUAAUGCUAUGUUAGGCCUGUCCCAGCUGCAAAUGGGCUCCUCUCUCUACUCCAGCAGGAAAUCCCUGCUGCCUGAUCACCUGCUGGAGGCCAGAGAGAUGAUGAGCCAGGCGCAUAGCCAGCACAGAGACUUGAUCCAGAGCAUUGAGGGUCUGCCCUCCUCUCAGGGUCCUUCUCCACUGGACCAAGACCUGUUGCUGCUGAAAGCCACCUCCUUGGCCACCAUGAAUUGCCUCAGCGACUGCCUGCAUAUCCUACAGCUCCAGCAGGUGGCUCGACAGAAAGUUCCUUUUGGUGGGCCCGCCAUCGAGUGGCUGGAGCCAAAACUUCCCAACAUCUUGAAGAAUGGAGGGACACUGCCCAGCAUCACCAAAGCUGAUGGUAAAACAGAGGGAACAGUUCUAGAACCACUAGAAAUGGACUCUUGUGAUAUCGCUGGGGAGCAGGAGGAGAUUGAUACCACGCAGGAGGUGGAGGACUCCUCUUCGGCUGAAGAGGAGGAUCUGGGUGCUGUGGAAGAGGAGCGAAGUGUCAUUCUGCACCUCCUCUCUCAGCUGAAAUUGGGCAUGGACCUCACCAGGGUGGUCCUCCCUACUUUUAUACUGGAGAAACGCUCCCUACUAGAAAUGUAUGCAGACUUCAUGUCUCAUCCGGACCUUUUCGUGGCCAUCACUGACGGCACCAGCCCCGUGGAUCGCAUGGUCCGAUUUGUGGAAUAUUACCUCACUUCUUUCCAUGAAGGUCGCAAAGGUGCGAUUGCCAAGAAGCCCUACAACCCCAUCAUUGGAGAAACUUUCCACUGCUCUUGGAGUGUACCCAAAGCUACAACAUCUCCGACAGGGUUCCCGAAAGAGGAGACAUCAUUAACGUCAGACUGCUACAAUGUCCGCUUUGUGGCUGAGCAGGUUUCCCAUCAUCCACCUGUGUCAGGCUUCUAUGCCGAAUGUCCAGAGAGGCAGAUGUGUGUUAACACGCAUGUGUGGACAAAGAGCAAGUUCAUGGGCAUGUCCAUUGGUGUCUCUAUGAUUGGAGAAGGUAAUCUACAUCUAUUGGAGCAUGGUGAAGAAUACACCUUUAGUCUGCCCUCUGCAUAUGCCCGCUCAAUCCUCACUGUGCCCUGGGUAGAACUGGGAGGAAAGGUCAAUGUCAACUGCGCAAAGACCGGCUACUCUGCAGUCAUCACCUUUCAGACAAAGCCUUUCUAUGGGGGCAAGCUGCACAGAGUGAUCGCGGAGGUCAAACACAACCCCACCAACACCGUAGUGUGCCGCGUGCAGGGAGAGUGGAAUGGCACACUGGAGUUUAUCUACACCAGCGGAGAGACACGUGUCAUAGAUGUUACCACACUUCCUGUCACUAGAAAAAGAGUACGGCCAAAUGAGCUGCAAGGAGCCUACGAGUCCAGGCGACUAUGGCAGCAUGUGACAGAGUCUCUGAAGGAAAGGGAUAUGGACAAAGCCACAGAACACAAGCGCUUCCUGGAGGAAAGGCAGAGGAAAGAGGAAAGGCAUCGUGCAGAGGCAGAGACACCAUGGAGGACAAAAUAUUUUGAGAGCUAUGGUGAGGGCUGGGUAUAUUACCAACCACUGUGGAAAACAACAGCCCAUAGCUCUUCCCCGGUCCCCUCUCAGCACAACCCAUGACCUCUGACCUUCUAAAAGCUGAGCACAGGCACUGUACAGCCUCCAGCUGUAGUAAACCCCUGGUCCAGCAUUCUCAUUCUCACAGAUCACUCUCCUUUGUAUGAUUCCUAAAAUAUAACUUCAGUUCGAGUGUUUGUAAAUACGCUGUGGACUGCGGGUUUGCAAUCUGUUGUUCAUAUUUUGCAUCCCUUGAUGGUAGAUUUUUGUAAAACUACACCGUGAAUGAUUUAUCCACUCCUCACACGGACAUUCUUUGAUCAUGUUGCCUUAAUGAGUGUGGAAUAUAACGAGGGCGGAGGACAAUGUGUGACAGUUCUUAUUUGGGAUUGUGUUUGAGGUUUAUUUAUGAACAUCUUGAUAACCAUACUAUGGGAUACUGUAUUUGAUCAUGGUACGGUCAACUUUUUCUCAUUCUUUUUAAGUAUUAUGUGACUUAUAAUUAUAUUAUAUCAAACAAAAUACAGGGCAGGGGGACUAUUAUAUAUUAUACUAUUAUGCCAUAACUUGCGAGCUGUGAGGUGUUAUUGCUUAGUACAGCCAGACACAGUUGGAAUCUUCAUGAACGCGAAGUUGCUGGCUUGGCUUUGAUAUUAUGAAGCGUUUUUCUCUUUCUCGCUCUGGUAUGUGAAGAUUCAGGCACUGAAUCUGUUGAUAUCUGGGUUGAACAUCGGUAUGAUCAAUGAGCUCAGGUAGAAGCCCUUUGUUUUGCUUUAUGUUCAAUGGACAAUUAUGUCUCUCCAAAAAUUAAAUUCCAUCAUUUACUCACCUUCAUGUCAUUUCACACCCAUAUGAUUUUCUGUAUUCCCAGGAAUAUAAAGGGAGAUGUUGGGCAGAGUGGUUUGAACUGACAACCUCCGUCACCAUUCACUGUCAUUGUAUGGGGAAAAAAAUGCAAUGAAAGUGAACACUAACUGAGGCUGUCAGUCCAUAACAUUCUAAAAUCUCUUUUAGUUUCCCACCAAAAACAAUCAAGCGUGUUUUGGAACAACAUGAGGGUAAGUAAAUGAUGACAGAAUUUUCAUUUUUGGGUGAUCUAUCCGCUCGUAGAGUACCUAAAGUGUUCAAACUAUAGAAAAGGGCCAGCCUUAUAAUCUUCUCUGUACAGUAAUAUGUGUAGACAAGCAAGCUGAUCAGUAUUAUUGGAAACUGGCUGUCUCAAAUGUUACAUCAAACUGAUUUGUCAAAGUUAUGAAUCCUCUAAUUUUUUUACUGACUUUGCACAACAAUGCUAUGCUCUGUUUCGCUCAUUGAAUUCUACCUCGACUGAAACAUUGAUCUUUAAAAGAACGGUUCCCCUUAAAAAAAUUAAAAUUUGGUCAUCAGUUACUUACCCGUAUGCUGUUUCCGACCCCAUAUUAUAUCUUGUAACCACGCUCAUUGUGGGAAGUUUGAAUAUACUUUGUACAUGACCACAAAUGAGUGCUAUGACAGAUGGUAAGAUUAUCAGUAUUACAUUUACAUUUUGGAGUGUUCAUCACACAAAGCUGACUUCAGAUGAAUUUGAGCGCUGUUGUAUGGACUAUUAUGAUGAUAAGAGUGUGUGUGUGUGUGUGUGUGUGUGUGUGUGUGUGUGUGUGUGAGAGAGAGUGUGUGUGUGUGUGUGAGAGAGAGAGUGUGUGUGUGAGAGAGAGUGUGUGUGUGUGUGUGUGUGUGAGAGAGUGUGUGUGUGUGUGUGAGAGAGUGUGUGUGUGUGUGUGUGAGAGAGAGAGUGUGUGUGUGAGAGAGAGUGUGUGUGUGUGAGAGAGUGUGUGUGUGUGUGUGUGUGUGUGUGUGUGUGGCCUUUUUGGAGCUUGAUGAUUGAAAUGACCAUCCACGUUGCUUGUAUAAUCAAGAGCUAAUUAGAUUUCCUGUGUUUCUCAAAGGAAAGAAACACUAUUUUGGAACUACAUGAGGCUGAGUAAAUGAUGACAUCAUUUUCAUUUUUGGGUGAAUUCCAUUUAAUUUGGCAAUUGGAUGUUGAAAUCAAGGGUUCAAGGGUGAUCUUGUGCUGAAGUUUUGCAUAGUCAUAUAACGUCUCCGCUUCAGCCCUGGCAUUGGUUUGUGCUGAGAAACUUGUGGUGCCUUAUUUGUGUUAGUCUUCCUACCAUUCUACCACACACCUGUCAGCUUUCUCAUUAAACAGAGUAAGAGAGAAGCCACAGCCAUUGUACAUAUCCUCUUUCUUUUUCCAGUCAUCAAAAUACAGAAAUCCCACAAGCUGUUUCAUACAUAUGUCAGCUGUACUCCACUAAAAAAAAAAUAUAUUUUGCUGAUCCAUCAACUGCACUGAUGUUUUAAAUACAUUCCCUGUAGCCUCAGAAAAAAACUAUGAUUGAAAAAAUGAAUAAAAUUGUUAAUAUAUUGGAGAAUAUAUUGUUUGAUUGAUGACUGUGGCAGUGUGGUAUCAAGGAAAAAAGGCAAAGAGAAGACUGGUGUCAGUGAGGUCCAAAUGUCUGAGACCACUAGUUAAAAUGCUUCUGUGUUGCAUUCUUUAACAACUUUUUUCAUUAGAAUUUGUAUUAUCAAAAUAACAAGUUGAAUGAAAAGUUGAAAUGAAAAAUGACCAUGAAUAUUUUAGCAUUUAGUGUGUUUUUCUUUUACUUUAAUGACAGCUUGCACUCAAGCUGGCAUGGACUCAACGAGUUUGUGCAAAACCUGAUGAUCCAUGUUAUCCCAGGGUGCUUUGAGAAUUUUCCUAAUAACUUCUUGUGUGCUUCAAUGGAAGUAAGGAAAUCGGACCUUUUGUACAAAAGUGUUAAAAUGAUAAAUGUCACCGUUUGCUUAUUUGAUUAGCAAUCUAGAAAUAAUGCAGAAUCUAAAAUAUUUCUUAAUCAUUUUAUGUCAUGAUGUUUCUUUUUUUUUCUUCAGUUUUUGUUUUAAAUACUUUCUUUCCAUGUUUAAAUUCUAUUUGCAAUCCCAGAUUUUCAGUAUGAUCUCAGACUUU